AGGGUGCGCGCCCUUCGAUACGUGGGGUGGUUCCGCUACUCCACGGACAUCGUUGACAUCAGCGCGCACCGCCUCCUGGUGCUCCCGUGCGCCGCCCUCGCCGCCUGCCUGGUCUUCCAGCUGCGGCUCAUGCGGUCCUUCGGCCUCUCGGACGGGUGGACCAUCCCCUUGAUCAUGUUUGCCUUCGCGGGCCAUUCCCUGAUCCACCUGACCAUUUUGGAGUUGGUCUUCAGCUCGAAGCGGGAGAAGCAGGUCAAGGAGGAGCAGCCAACGUACGAGGAGGUGGCGAAGAAGGAGGCUGUCGACUGGUUCACCAGCAACAAGGUGCACUGCCUGCGCAUGAAGUACGUGUCCAAGGGGCGUCCUGGCCUUGCAUGGCAGGCGCUGACGUGGCCUGCGCCAGGCCAGGUCCGCGCGCGGCGGGGGUCGCCGGCGCAGGCGCCCCCCGCGGUGGGCAGCGGGGGGCCCGGCGACGAAGCAGGC